AUGUUAAACACACCCGAAGCAGAACCAGCAGCAGCAGCAGCUGCAGCUGCAACAGCAGCUGCUGCAGCAGCAGUUGCAGCAACAGCAGCAGCAAUUUAUUUUUCCUGCGGCAUCACAGCACGGCGCGAGAAGCAGCUGACACCGCAGCCGCGCAACCGUCAACACCAGCAGCAGCAGCAUCAGCAGAACCUGCAGCAGCAGCAGCAGCAGCAGAACCUGCAGCAGGAGCAGCAGCAGCCGGCACAGCAGCAGAGGCUGCCCCUCCCCGUAUGCCCCUUCCGGGUUGGUUGCUGCUUGGCUGCAGCAGCUGUCUCCUCAUCGGUGGUUUGUGCAGCUGCUUGUGGCUUUGGAUUGAUACUCCAGAGCCUUUCCUUGUCGCUUGGGACGCAGAAAGACCCCCGGGUGUUGGCUGCGUUGGGCGGAGAAGUGAAGAAAAGGAAGUGGUGGGGCGGCUUCGUGCAUGCAAAUGAUGCGCGUAUUAAACUCUCCCUCUAUGGGCCCGAAGGAAAGCGCGGCCACGCGACUUGUGAUUUGAUGAAAGAUUCGAGCGGCCAGUGGAAGGUGAUGCUGCUCAGCUUCGUGCCUCUCGACGAAGCCCCCCCUAAAGGGAACAGGAAUGCUAUGUCAGGGGUGAUGAUGCUGGUGCCUGAGCAGCUACCAGCGGCGCAGCAGCGCGCCAACUUUAUGAGAGGUUGUCUCGAUUCCUGUCCAGCAGAACAAAGACAAAUCCCACAACAAGACACUGCAGCAGAGCCCCAGAAGAUUCAGCAGCAGCAGCAGCAGCAGGAGCAGCAGCAAAAGCAAUAG